AUGAGCACCGCUGACCGGUCCAAAGGUUCGUCGAGUGACGUCAUGUAAAAGACGUCAACUGGUAGAUGGACAAACGAAGUUUGACUAUUCAAGCUGCAAAAUUUAAUUUUUGAGAUUAUAGUUGAUAGUCAGCGCGUGAGCUGAUAGAUGUUAAAAAACAUAAAGAUUUAAAACAAAUUCAUUUAUUUUUUUUUAAUGGAUGCUUUGGCGUUAUAGGUUUCUUGUGACGAAGUUUACGCUAGUUAUGACGUCAUUAGCUCAUAAUUCUGACUUCUAUAGCAUGUAGAAGCUAGAAGAAGAAAAAGAAACAAUAUUUGGAGCUCGAUCACUCAAGUGCUCUGAAACUACUAAAGUGGUCACUAGCAAUGCGCCGACACGUUCGCAUUACCAAGGACUUGGUCCAAGGUCCGAGUACUUAUCAAAACGGGCAAGAUUAGACUUUCGUCUGCAUCGUAGGAUUUUGAAGUCAUUACAGCUAAUUAUGACGUCAUUGGUUAGUAACCUAAAGGUGACGUCAUUUUUCAGUUAUACCCUGAAACGUGAUUAGGAUACCAUUAAAAACUGAAGAACGAUCUAAAAAAAUAAUAAUACCUUACAAUUUUCCCACAAACAUCCAGAAGUUGAUUCCAUGCACUUUUAUACCUCGAGUUUGACCUCAAAUUUCCAAGUUUCUCUCGCUGAAAUGGAUUUAUAGCCGAAGUUGUUUGCACAUCAAUUCGUCUGUGUGUGCCAAAUAUACAUAUAUGGAACGACUUUGCGAGCGUCAAAUUAAAAAGGACAAGGAAAAGUUAUAAAAAGGCGGCCGACCUCUCAUCCUUCCGUGUUAUUUUUGGUUUGACUGUCGUUUGUAAUUUUCUCAAAACUGCAAUCUUUCCUUUCCAUUUCGAGCUUUGAAAAGCGUCAGACUUAUAACAAUAAGCGUUGUGCACACAUUUGGAAUGGCUCAAAGCGUUGCGGUCGCAUUGCGGUUGAGCCAUUCCAAGUAUUCGUUUGACUCAACGUGUUGACCGCAUAUUGAUAAGAAAAGCUUCAGUUACCACCGGUCAAGGUCAAGUCGUGAUUAUUUUAAUCGAUGGUAUUAAAAAAUGUUGUGUAAUUAUGAUUUCGCGCUUGUGUGAAAGGAAGUUAGAAGGUUCGAAUAUCCGAAAAUCCAUGAAAAUUGUCCUUUUUAGCUCAAAUUUUGAAAAAAAAAGUCGGUCUCAAAUCUUUGAGUCGUGCUUAUUUUAGUCAAUGAUUUUUUGUUGGGAAUUUAAGAACGGUCAUUUUUGGACUUUAUAAAAAGGAAGUUAGAAACUUUGAAGACUCAAAAAACUCUAUUAAUUAUGAUAAUUUUUAGCUUGAAAGCUUCGAAAAUCCCAAGUCUAUGCAAUUUCUAACCUUUUUCAAUCUCGAAUUCGCACCGAUUUCCCGUAAAAAGCGAAGGUUUUUCAAGCCUCUCGAGCCGGAACGGCUGUUUUGACGGCGGUGUCUGGAAAAGGCGGCCGCCGUUUUUGUGUUUGUCUCCAGACUGACUAGCGCUCGUCCAAUCACAUAUCGCUAUCUCUAUGUCAGUGCAAACACCGGACACCCCUCUGCUCAUUUCUCACGCUUUCUUCUUGGUUGGUGGUUAAUCUGUGGAACAGUUGGAGCUAGACUUGAGCUGGAGACAUAGCUUAGUUGGUAGAAGGACUGUCUGAAGAUCCUAUAUGUUCAUAAAUUAUGGGAUUUCUCUGUCUUUAAAAGGUUCUUGCUGAAGAUCUAUAGGCUUUCAGUUCAGUUAUAUUGAUUUCUUGGCCAACUAAUGACAAUUUUCAUUGACCAAAAGGUGAAAUGAUUGUCAGCUGUUCGCUGAUAACUACUGAUAGUUCAUAUUGAUAAGCCCAAAACUGAAAUUUAAUUCACCUCAGAUGCGCCCAACAUUUCCAGUGGUCACUUUAGUGGUGACACAACUCUGAAGUGACCCCCAAAGUUGCUCAGAAGUUUCCGGGGCGUGUCCAGUUGAAUUUCCGAAAUUUGCCCAAGAAAUAAUCUUCAUCAAUGAUUCAUAGCGUUUUCAGUUUUACAAACUUUAUUCUAUUUACGGUCACCAAAUGAGUUUCUAAUCCUCAUCUGGUUAAAACCUUUUCCUGAAACAAGAAUAUCAGCUAUUUUCGGUCUUUUUCUCUACGAGAACUUUUUCGAAACGCGAGGAAAACGUCAAAAUUUUUGUGACACUUGACAUUUUGGGCCGCCGUUUUGCACUUGACGGACGGCUCCCGGCCAUUUUGGGGACACCCAAUUUUUUCCAGUUUUUUCUAGAGUUUCUUUUUUUUUCAAUUCAAUUUAUUCAGUCUUCAGAGUAAGAUGAUGAAAAUCUCUGCUGAAUCAUAGUAUAAUCCAAGAGUUAGUCGUCGGCGCAAGUUACGGUCCACAAUCGUUAUCUUUUUUUACUUUAAAUAAUUUACUUUUAAAUUUUUUUGAAAAAAAGUUCAUUGAUUUUUUUCUCCAACUUUUUUUCUUAGAACUUCCAUAUUUUUUUCAUAUGAAACAAGCAAACGCCAAACAGAAAAAAAGGAGCGCCGCCGCUCCUUUUUGUUUUUCCUGUUCUUUGGGCCCCUUAAGCCUUCCGGAAAGACUCUUUUUCUCGUGGUCCGUUUUUUUCGCUUCCUGGAAGUUUUUUUCGCAAUGAUUCUUGACCAAAAAAAUUCUCACAAAAUCAUGAAAGAUGAAAAAUUUUCUCACUCGUACUUGUUUCAAAAAGUUUUUUUUUAGGAUUUUUCAUUUUGAAACAUGAAAAUCGUAGUUGCUUCGAUGCUGUAUUAUUCAGUGUUGCUCAUUUUAGAGGUAUAAUACGAAGUUUUUACACUUGAAUAAUUCGAAAGUUUUGGAAUUUUUCUAUAAACUCUCUCGUUUUUUCCGUCUGGCUAGUCAUUUUCAAGAUUCUUAAAAAAACAGUGAUUUUGGAGAUUUUCGAAGUCGUUCCACUGGAAAUUAUUGAUUUUCCGUCAAACUCCUCAGCUUUUCCCAUAUCAAACUUGACCUUUCGAAAAUUUACACUUUCCAAGAUGGUUUUAUUACAGUUUCGCCUCCUUUUUCCGUCUGUUUCAUUUUAAACUCGGUAGGCAAACCGGAAAAAAGAGGCUUUUCCAUGCCAAAUACGCGGUUUAGCCGCAGCGACAAUUAUCGUUCGCCUCAAAACCCGCCCAUUUUCUUUUUUUUUUCCUUUUUCUCAAGCACCUUUUCUCGUCAUUUGGAACAUGCGUACAAAACUUGACAGGAAUUUGAUAUCUUGGGCAUUUUUCAGUUUAUUAGCUUUUUUUCUUUUUUCCCGUGGUCUCGAAUGCUUCUAAAUUCUUUAUACAUGUGGGAAAAAUUUGGUUUAUGAAUAUUCGGAUUACUUAUAACUUUUUUUAAAGGCUUCCUAAAUUCAUUUGUGUUUAUGUAUUGAUUCUUUCGGUUCAAUCACCAUUUUUUGAUGUCAUAUGAAGUGAGGCCUUAGUUACCGAAGUUCAAAAUUCGAUUCAAAAUGAUUGAAUUUGAUAUACAUUUCAUCACUACGAAAUUAGUAGCUAAAAACUUACCAAAAGUCGUUAUUUUUUAUUUUUGAACGUCGAUCUUUAGUAAUUUUAGUAAUUUUUUUUAAUUGAUGGAACUCUUUUUUUUGCUGAUUUUGUAAUAAAUCUGAUGAACAGAACCAACAAAAAAAUAAAUAAGAAAAUGUUUUUUUCUAAAGGAAAAAGUUGAAUAAUUUUUUAUCAAUUAUCGCCUUUUUCAAUAUUUUUUGUAGUCAUUAGAUAAUAAAAAUACUUUGCAGCGGGUUAUAUGCCGAUCUACGAUGACGUGGCGACGUACGGGAGCGAGACGACGUCGUCGUCGCCGUCGUCGCCCGUCUCCACCGUCCUCACCGACGCGUGCACUUCCAGUCCGACUUUAUCUUCGAACGAUCGACAUUGUCCGGUUAGUAUUUGCACCAUUUUGUAGAGAAUUUCAUGAGGAUUCUGAAUAUAUACGUUUCAUGUUAUGAAACCCUACAGAAGCUGAGAAAAUUGCGGAAAACUCAGGGACCCUGAGAAGAAUGAAAGCUCAAACUCUCUUUUGAUUAGAAAUUGAUCAAGGUUGUGAAAUUGUUUGCUUCGUUUAUUCAUAAAUCAAUGGAAAGAAAAAAAAAUGAAAAACUUUAAAGCUGCAAACAUUUUAUUUUACUUUAGACCAAAUCCUCUUGAAGACUAUUCGUUUUUUUUCAUUUUUUUCUUUUUUGUAUAGGACGUUUUUUUCCGUUAGAAUAAAUACCCCAUUGUACAUAAUUCCCUGAAGGUCUCUAAUAUGUUUUUUUUUUUUCUUCAAACCGCAAAUAAUUUUUUUUUAGUUUUUUUAUCUCCAUUUUUUGAGUUUGAGAUGAAAAUUCAGGUCUACGAGAACCUAGAAGAGCUGACGCGCCUCUGCACCUACAGUUCCUCCUCGACGUCUUCGACCUCGCUUCCGAAGUCUCAGAAGCCGUCGCUGAACAUGGACUUCCUCAAGUCCAUCCCACCGCCGCCGCUUCAGGAACCCAAACAACCAGUUUAUCCCUACAUGUUGGUUUUUUUUUUUCGGAGACAAAUAAGGACAGCUAAUGUCGUGUUGAAGAUCCGUGAACAUUCGUGAUGAACUAAGGAAUAAGGCGAGAGAGAAGCGUCGAUGAAGAGACGGCAGAGAAGUUAUACGAAUUUCUCUCUCUCUGGCGUCUCUUCAGGCGUCUGUGUAUUUCUCGCUUUUUUAGGAUUAGAAUGCUACAGCUUCUAAAAAAAAGUAAGCUAAAGUCUUUAGCUCUCUUCGAACUUUUAUUGAUCUUUAGCCUAAAGAUCAAUAAAAGUUCGAAGAGAAAGCAGAGAAGUGAAAAGAAUUAUUUUCUCUGCCAUCUCUUCAGAUAACUUACUCUAUCUAAAAUUGUAGGAUUGUGGAACAAAAAUCUCAAAAAAGGCUAGAAGAGGCUGGAGACUUGUAGUAGAGAUACCAGAGAUAGAAAGAGUCUUAGGUCCUCUGCCGUUUCCUUAGCCCGCUGUUGAUCUCUCGAGACCAUUUUUGAGUUGAAACGAGAGAUCAGAGUUUCCUGAGGAGACGCCAAGAAGUUAGAAAACUCUCUUUUUCUAGCGUAUUUUCACGCCAAAGUUGAUCUCUCGACUUCCCCUUUUCUUCUUUUUUUUUUUCUAAUUUGACCUCCCUUUUUCGAGGAAUGUUUUCUCGAGCUUGAAAUUUUCCAAAACCAAAGUUCUUCUCAAAUAAUAUGGAUAUAAUUUGUGUUGUUCACAAAGUUCUUCUCUUUUUUGAACUUUCCGUUACUUGCCUCACAAAAUCGCUUCAUUUUAACUGGUUCUGGAAGAUCCAAGAAGACUUCCUGAGAAAUGAGGCGGCAAAGCCCCUCAACCAGUAUAAUGCCUCCACGCGUAUCAAUUGGUUUCGUUUUUCGUUUCUCUUUUUGGAUUCGUCUGGGCCGACCCGUUCCGGUUUCGCGCUUGGCUGCAUCUUUUUGAUAUUAUCUCUGUUAUUAUGUAGUAGGAGGUUUAAUGAUUUUUUUUUCGGAAUUUUUUCUAUCUUUUCAAUGAGCAUGAACUGAUUCCAGUUUUCGCUUUUUGGCAUCUUGGACUUCUGAUUUUUUGUUCUUUUGAUCUCUCCCAAAUUUGAGUACCAUUCGUUUUUUUAAACCGAAUUUCAUUCUUCCACAAAAAUUUAGAUCAUUUUAAAUUUUAUUAGCACCUGACCUUUAUCAAAGUUCGAAAAAUUCCAAAAUUUUUUAAGGAAGCUAAUUUUAUUUUGCAGCUAAGAAUUUCCUAAUUUCUGACAGACUCAAAGUAUGUUCUGGAAGAUUUAAUUUACUUAAUUCUCUCGUUUUGAGAAAGAGAACCUCAAAGCCGGAGAAAAACCCUGAAAUCCGUUAAAAUGGGCUAAUUUGAAACUUUGAGCCCUUGUUUCUCGAAAAUAGAAAAUUUUGCACAUUCAAACUUUCCGUAUCUUUUUUCUAACAUCCAAAAAAAAGUGACUACUUUACAAAAAAUCCCCCACUGAAAAAUAAAAUUAACUCCUUGUUGGGAUUGCCUUUAAAAAAACCUUUUCUCUGAAUUUCAGCGUAGUCAUCUUCAAGCAACAAUGUUUCCCCAAUAAAUCAAAGACCAAGACGAUUUUUGUAAUCCUAGACUUGGAGAAAGUGUUGCAGAGAUUGCAGAAAAAGAAGAUCAUCCGCUUUUUUCCCGCCAAAAGGUGCGGUUUCCAGGGAAAUCGUAAAGCUUGGGUGUAGGCUUGGAGAAAUAAUGGAUAUUUAAUAUGGGCAUCGAUUUUUAGAAUUAUAGUCCAUUCAACUGCAUAAGUAUGCAAAAAGGUUUUUUCUUUUUUGAAGCAAUAAAAUAGAAAUUUGAAUCUAUCAUACGGCUUUUGAAAAUGAAUAAGAUUUCUGAAAGUUUGAUGACUCAUUGGGCUUCUUCUAGACGGGGAAUCUACUCACUUGGAAACGCGCUGGUCGCAAGGGGAAUGGCUCAAUAGAUAAUGUGAACUGCUCCCGACGAGAAACGACUUACGCGAUGUUGAAGUGGUCUUUUUUGAAAUAAUGCGAGCUUUCAAUUUGUAAAUUAAUCUGAGAAAAAUUCAAGUUGUUAUUCAAAACUUCAGAGAUUAGAUUGAACAGACUAUAUGGAUAAAACUGUUCCUGAGGAUUUGCAGUUGUAACAUGCCCGAUUUACACCUUCCAUCUGGUUUCAGGGGCACGUCGACGUCGUCGAGCUCCGCCUCCAGCACCGGGACGUCGUCCUCGACGUCGUCGUCGCAGCGUCGGACGCCGCUCCGCCCGCUCGACAUGCGGCCUCUGAGCGUUCCGCAUCGGGAGAUGGCACGGAUCCAACGCGCCAAUUCCCACAGGUUUUGCCCCGACUAUCCCUAUUCUCGGCACUAUGAGCCUUUGGGCGUCUGCGAGCCCUGCGAUAUUCGGUAGGACGUUUUUGAGUCGAAUUUCGGAGUUUGUUCAAUUGUUUCCCGCUAGCUUACCUUUUUAGUGAACUUUUGAAAACUCAGAGCUUUUUCUAAAGGCUUUAGAAAAAUUAGACUAAAGCUUUAAAAUUGCCUUGAGAAGAUCGGUAGGACGUUUUGAAGUUGAAGCCUCCGUUUUCCGGCUCAUUUAUCGCUUUAAUACAAUUUUAAAAGCUUAGAUCUUCUAGCGUUUUGAAACUUCCCUGAAAUGUUGAGUGGGACGUUUUUGAAUGAAAGUUUUGAACUUUUUCAUUUUCCUGACCCUUUACCGUUUUGGAUUCAUUUCAAAAACUCUGAAGCUCCAUACGUUAGAACCUUUUUGAGUUGAAAUUUCUAACUUUUUUCGUUUUCAGUAUUCUUUUAGAUAUUUUCAAAGCUCCAAGUUCUUUUUGUGAAGCUGCUGCCCUGCAUUUCUAGGUACGGUUUCUAGCGGACGCUCGAAAGUUUUAUGCGCUCGAAAUUCCCGAAAAAUCGCUCUGACGACAAAACUUUUGAUUUUUUUUUUCAAAGCUGAAUUUGAAAGGAAAAAUACACUCUUUUUCAAAAUUUCAGACCUUUUUCGAGAACUUGAAAAUUUUCUUGGCGGCUUCUCAAUGAUAUCUGAUUAUGAAGACUUCGAUAAUUUUUAAAAGACGUGAUCGAAAACUGUAAAAAAUACUUUUUUUUUAAUUUUAAUCCUUUACAAUCCAACUAAUUGAAAGCUUUAGGACGCUGAUCGUGAUCCUGACAAUGUGCACGGCGUUCGUCAUCGUCAUCGCCUUCAGCAUUUGGUACUUUUUCGACGAAAUCGACCAUCAUCUCAGUACGAUUAGUGAGAUCUUCUGA